UGUUGCGGCCGGCGAGGUCCUUCACUCCUCCCUCUUCACUGCGUCUCUCUUGCGGGGCCUGGCUUCAUCUCCUUUUAUUAUUUUCUUUAUACCUAGGGGCUUGGCCUUAUUUUUAUUUUAUUUUAUUAUUGUUAAAAAUCGCUUCAUGCAAUCACAUGGUCCUGGCUUCACUUUCAUUGUCCUCAAUACUAAUAACAAAAGAUCGCAAAUCUUCCUCCCAUUCUCUGUGCAGGAUCGUUGUAGGCUCGUGGGGUGGGGGCGGGGCUGGAGGGAAGGCCAGAGGUUCUCCGGCUUGGGUCCCCACAUGCUGUUGGACUACACCUUCCAUCUUCCUCGGCCAUAAUGGCUUUUGUUCCCGGGGAUGAUGGCAGAUGUAGUCCAACAACAUCAGAGGACCCGAGUUGUAGAGCCCUGAUGUCGGUCGUUCGCUUUUGCUAAACUUCUCCAAACAACAAAAGGGGCGCUGUGGAGGUUGGGAAAAGACGCUGCAUAACGAGCUCCCUUGGACAUAUGGUGGUAGGCUGAGGAACAGAAAUUGCUUGUAGAUUGAAGGUUUCCUUGAUGCAAAAAGGUGUGGCAGGGAGUCUUCUUGUGGGACCUUCAGAGGCAAGCAACUACAGCGUGGUGUUGCCUUUCAGGACUCUGUUAUCAAAGCGAUAUAAAACAUGGUGGAUUAUUACGAAGUUCUAGGAGUGCACAGGCAUGCCUCACAAGAAGAUAUUAAGAAAGCGUACCGUAAAUUAGCAUUAAAGUGGCACCCUGACAAAAAUCCAGAUAACAAAGAAGAAGCUGAGAAGCAAUUCAAACAAGUUGCUGAAGCAUAUGAGGUUCUGUCAGAUGCUAAAAAACGUGACAUCUAUGACAAAUAUGGAAAAGAAGGCUUAAAUGGUGGAGGAGGUGGAAGUCAUUUUGACAGCCCAUUUGAGUAUGGCUUUACAUUCCGGAAUCCAGAGGAUGUCUUUAGGGAGUUUUUUGGAGGAAGGGACCCAUUUUCAUUUGAUUUCUUUGAAGAUCCUUUUGAUGACUUCUUUGGUAACAGACGAGGACCACGUGGAAACAGAAAUAGAGGCGGUGGAAGCUUUUUCUCUGCCUUUGGUGGAUUCCCUGCCUUUGGGAGUGGGUUUUCCUCAUUUGAUACAGGUUUUACUUCAUUUGGUUCUUUGGGACAUGGAGGCCUUACUUCAUUUUCCUCCACAUCGUUUGGUGGCAGCGGGAUGGGUAACUUCAAAUCAGUAUCAACUUCAACUAAAAUAGUUAACGGCAGAAAAAUUACUACGAAAAGAAUUGUUGAGAAUGGACAAGAGAGAGUAGAAGUUGAAGAAGAUGGCCAGUUAAAGUCUUUAACAAUAAAUGGUGUAGCUGAUGACGAAGCCUUUGCAGAGGAGUGCAGACGCAGAGGACAAAACGCCCUGCCCUUCCAGCCGGCCAGCGUCCGCUCUCCAAAGUCCCUCAAGCCUGCCGCCUACCCCAAGCACGUCUUUCACUGUAAUAGCGAUGAGGACGAUGACUUGGUUAUGACCAGCUGGGAGUCUCCCUUUUAUUCAUCAGGACACAAAGAAGGCAGCAAGAGGAAGAAGCAGAAGCUGAGGGAGGAACAGAAGAAGAAGAAGUCGGCUAAGGCGCCUUAUUAAAACGGACUCCGAUGCCCUAAAAUACUGACCCUGUACUGUCGUAUGGUUUAACCCCCCUCCCCGUCCCUUGACACCUGGUGCAUAUUUCUUGUGAUUAUUCUCACUUAGCAAAGGAGGUGAGGACUCCUGCUUAAAGUACACUAAAGUUGCACUAUUAUGCUUGAGCAGCACCACAGAUUUGCUUAAGGUUUCGGUACGAUGCUCUAGGCUUAAGCAUGUUCCUUAGAAGCCAAUCCCAUGAGGACUAGUGGGUCUGAAUUCUGAGGAAUGUGUUUAGGACCAGGAUGUCGGAGACAUGACAAUAAGCAGAUUCCGGCUAGAAACGUGUUUGUAUUUUUGAAGUUUGGGAUAUGUUGCGUUGUGGAACCUUUUGGCUUCUUCCUUUCUUGGAGCUAAAACUACAUUAGGGUAGUUUGUUUCUUCUAGGUCUAAUGAGGUUGUAAAACAAUGGGCAGCAUCCAGACUAAGAUAGUCAUGACUAAGUCCCAUUGAAAUUAACAGUUAAUAAUGAUUAAGAAUAAUUAAUAGGACUUCAUAAUGACUAACUUGUCCCAUUGAUUUCAAAUGUGCUUAGCCAUAACUGGUCCGGAUGCUGCCCAGAAUCCUUUUUGCUUUUUACAUGACAAUUGGUCAGGGAGUAUAUUGACAUGUUGUAAGAAUUACCUGACUGUAUUUCUUUUUUAAAAUUUCCCAUGGAUGAGAUCAGAAUUGUGUUAAACCUUGUGUGAGCAUAACAGCUGAGCUACUUGAUCAGACACCUGCAUUUCCCCAAUGGGGGGCGGGGGGGAGGGAAAGGUUGACUUCUCUUCCAGUGAUUUAUGGACAUUGCAUCAGGAAAAACUUUUACUAUCCUGUAAUAAUCAGAAAGAGGUUUGCAGUGAACUGCUUAAUGAUGCUGGUCCUUGUGGGUUUAUCAUAGUUCCCCAAACUCCAAAUAAGCCAAUUGCACUUUGAAAUAGCUUGUUGCUUCCACUGAUUGAAAAUCAGCAGUCAUGAACAUGUUUUGAUGCUGCAGGUAGAGUUCUAGAAAAGUAACAUCUGGAUUGUGGGUAAGGAACACAUCCUUCCCUUGCCCAGCAUCUAGGGCUACAUCCUGCCCACCAAAACUCCCUUUCUCUUGCACAGCACGCAGGACUAAAUAAGCUGGGUGGAGUCUUGCUGAGCCAGAUAGAACUGAUGGGCCUUUUAUUACUUUCAUCUAGAAUACCUGUGUGUCCAUAUAUGUUGUUGGUUGGCUCAAGUUCCGGUUAAAUUUUGCAGGGAGGGCAUGGACACACUUGCAUCAAAAAUUAAAUAUUUGAAUUUUUUUUUUCAUUCCCCCCCCCAUCAAUGUUUAAUUGCAUGUUACAUGGCUUCCAUUAACUUCAUAACUGAGUACUAAGUUGGAGUCUUCCAUUGCCUUAACUACUUCCACGCAUGGUUAUUGUGAGUACGUUGCCUUUUUGCAGCUUAAUCCAUGAGUAGAGGUUGUCGGCUGCUUUGGUCUCCUGUGUUCCUUUUAAAAAUUAUUAUAAUUAUUCUCAUCCCUUCGCCAGUAAUUUAGGCGACACUUACUCUCCUUGGCACUGUUGGAAACCCAAAUUUCCUGGAGGAAUCUUUAAUUAGUCCCUGAUUAAUGAAGCUUAGGUCAGGAAGGUGGCAAUACGAGAGGAUUUGGGGUACUUACUUGGAUUUUUUGCUUAUAUUAUAAAAAUGUAAUCUAAUGCAACUCUUUAGGGUAUUUAAACUAUGGUAUGUCGAAGUAAGAUGCAGUACUGUACCUUUUUUUUGUUUGUUACAUAAAUACCACUGAAUUGUGUUGUGCAGUGUUAACCAGUAAUAUUUAAAGAAAUAAAGUAAGCCCCUUGAUUCCA